GCUCAGAGCCCCGGAGCCUUGUUCCCAGUGAAGGGGCUGGAGUUCCCGUUAGGAUUUGGUCAUUCAGCUGACAAAGCUACCAAUCCUUCCAACCGCCAGGAAGACUGGGAAUACAUAAUUGGCUUCUGCGAUCAGAUCAACAAAGAGCUUGAAGGACCACAGAUCGCUGUCCGAUUGCUGGCCCACAAGAUCCAGUCUCCACAGGAAUGGGAGGCAGUCCAGGCUCUGACGGUGCUGGAGGCGUGCAUGAAGAACUGUGGGAGGAGAUUUCAUAAUGAAGUGGGAAAGUUCCGCUUUUUGAAUGAGUUAAUCAAAGUCGUCUCUCCAAAGUACCUGGGGGACCGGGUGUCUGAGAAAGUGAAGACCAAGGUUAUCGAGCUGCUUUAUAGCUGGACCAUGGCCCUGCCAGAGGAAGCAAAGAUCAAAGACGCCUACCACAUGUUGAAGAGACAGGGCAUCGUGCAGUCUGACCCACCAAUCCCUGUGGACAGGACGCUCAUCCCCUCUCCACCGUCUCGUCCCAAAAACCCCGUCUUUGAUGAUGAGGAAAAAUCCAAGCUUUUAGCCAAGCUGCUAAAAAGCAAAAACCCAGAUGACCUGCAAGAGGCCAACAAGCUCAUCAAGUCUAUGGUGAAGGAAGAUGAGGCACGGAUCCAGAAGGUGACAAGGCGUCUGCACACAUUAGAGGAGGUUAACAACAACGUGAAACUGCUCAACGAGAUGUUGCUUCACUAUAGCCAGGAGGACUCUUCAGAUGGGGAUAAAGAGCUUAUGAAGGAGCUGUUUGAUCGCUGUGAGAACAAGAGGCGGACAUUAUUUAAGCUAGCCAGUGAGACCGAGGACAACGAUAAUAGUUUAGGGGACAUCCUCCAGGCCAGUGACAACCUCUCCCGGGUAAUAAACUCUUACAAAACAAUUAUCGAAGGGCAGGUCAUCAAUGGCGAAGUGGCCACCUCAGCCAUGCCUGACUCUGAAGGAAACAGCCAUUGCAGUAACCAGGGUGUGCUCAUUGACCUUGCCGAGUUGGACACAGUGAACAGUUCAUCCCCUGUGUUGGCCCCGGCACCUCCUCCGGCUUCCUCGAGCAUCCCAAUCCUCCCUCCACCCCCACAGAACUCAGGACCUCCUCGCAGCCGCUCGUCUAGCCAGGUCGAGGCCCCUCUGGGGCCCAACGGUACAAACAGUGCCCUCUCCUUGCUGGACGAGGAGCUGCUCUGCUUGGGCCUUACUGACCCAGCCCCUAAUGCUCCUUCCAAAGAGUCAGCUGGAAGUAGCCAGUGGCACCUGUUCCAGAGCGAACAGUCUGACCUGGACUUCUUCAACCCCAAGCCAGGACCCACUGCCUGCAGCGCCUCAGAUGCUUCUCUGCUCCAGCUUUCAGCCCCUUCCUUGGGCAGUUCCCAAGCUCCACUGCCACCUUCCUUCCCAGCUCCUGUGGUCCCAGCCAGUGUCCCUGCCCCUGGUGCGGGCUCCUUAUUCUCUACUGGACCUGCCUCAGCUUUGGCCCCCAAGACUGAGUCUGCGGUCCCCGGACACCAAGGCUCGCUGCUGGGUGACAGCACCCCACACCACCUGGACGCCCUCGAUCAGCUCCUGGAAGAGGCCAAAGUGACCUCAGGCUUGAAGCCCGCCUCUUCCUGCUUCUCCCCUGGAGCCACCGCCUCCCCUCUGAUCCCUACCACCACCCCAGCCAGGCCUCUCCUGCCCUUUGCCACAGGGCCAGGCAGCCCCCUGUUCCAGCCUCUGGCCUUCCAGUCCCAGGGCAGCCCCAUGAAGGGACCCGAGCUCUCCCUGGCCAAUGUCCACGUUCCCCUGGAAUCGAUCAAGCCUAGCAGUGCCCUUCCUGUGACAGCCUAUGAUAAAAAUGGCUUCCGCAUCCUCUUCCACUUUGCCAAGGAGUGUCCUCCAGGGCGGCCUGACGUGCUGGUGGUGGUAGUAUCCAUGUUGAAUACGGCUCCAUUGCCUGUCAAGAGCAUCGUGCUGCAGGCUGCAGUGCCCAAGUCAAUGAAAGUGAAGUUGCAGCCACCCUCUGGGACAGAACUCUCUCCAUUUAGCCCCAUCCAGCCACCUGCAGCCAUCACCCAGGUCAUGUUGUUGGCCAAUCCACUGAAGGAGAAGGUGCGGCUUCGGUAUAGGCUGGCCUUCGCCUUGGGAGAACAGCUGAGCACGGAGGUGGGCGAGGUGGACCAGUUCCCUCCUGUGGAGCAGUGGGGGAACCUAUGACCCCAGAGGAUGCUGUGAUCUCCACUCUGAAGCCCAGGCAGGCUGCCCUGAGAUGAGGAGGUCUCUGAUGCCACCACUCUCCACAUCCUGAUGGCAGUGCUUGUAGCUUUCAUGUGGAGCAGGGGCCCUAGGCAUUUCUGCCAGGAUCCAAGCUGCUGCUGUGAUAACUUCUCCUUUGGCCCCUAAAAGGACCUGUUUUUAAUCUACCUGUGUGACUUGAAGUGGCCAUAUACCGUCAGGGGUGAGGGAUGGUCUCAGACUUCACUACUGUCCUGGGAAUGUGGACCUCAGGCUUGGAGUAUGUUUUUUCUUUUACUGGCAUUCACUGAAGCCACUGGGGGUA